AGCGUGACGUAUGUGUCUGUCUUCUCUCUCGUUCGUUUUAUCGAAUCGGCCGCGUUGGAAAGGAUCGUUCAUAUCGCUUGCGUCGACAGUUGCGGAGUUUCGCGCUCAAGGAACGGUGUUUAUUUUGUUAUUGAUGUGGAAAGUAGUGAGGACAGCCGAGUAAUAACUGUUCACAAUUGGAUGUGAUUAAAUAUUUACCAGUGCAUAUCAUAACUAAGAUUUGGAUUACUAAUGGAUUCGAUUAAAGUGAAUGGCCCGCUUUCACCUUUUGCCGCGCAAAUGGUCCAGCAUUACAAGCCCAGAGACCCCAAGUUGGGGCCGCUUGUCCCUCUUGUGCUGACAUCCCAACCGACCACAAAUGUGUGUGACCCGGCUUCGCCGCCCCUAUCGUCUCCAUCUUCUUCGGCGUCCUCCUCUUCCGAUAAGACAGACAACCAUGACAGGUUCGGCUUUUUCUUGGAAACUGCUGACAUGCGCCGCGAGGAGGAACGUCUUAAAUCCUUUGAGAAAUGGCCCGUUACAUUUUUGUCGCCGGAAUUGCUCGCACGUAACGGAUUCUACUACCUUGGUCGCGGCGAUGAAGUGCGAUGCGCUUUCUGCAAAGUAGAAAUCAUGCGUUGGGUCGAGGGAGAUGACCCCUCCAGCGACCAUCAACGUUGGGCUCCUCAGUGCCCCUUCCUCCGUCGUCAGAACGGCUCCGGGAACGUGCCCCUCGACGCACCUCCUGCGACGGGCCGCGACGAGUGCGGCGUACGAGCCCCUGCUCCAGUGCCAGUCUGCAUGCCAGGCCCCGUCCAUGCGAAAUAUGUCUCAGAGGCCGCUCGGUUACGUAGCUUCAAAGACUGGCCUCGUUGCAUGCCCCAGAAGCCUGAGGACCUCGCCGAAGCUGGGUUCUUCUAUACCGGCCAGGGCGACAAAACCAAAUGUUUUUAUUGCGAUGGUGGUUUAAAGGACUGGGAACCCGAGGACGUCCCAUGGGAGCAACACGCACGUUGGUUCGAUCGCUGUGCGUAUGUGCAGCUAGUGAAAGGGCGCGAUUACGUACAGAAAGUCAUCACGGAGGCCAGCGCCAUUCCUGCUGGGAAAGAUAGCGUGCCGGUACCGAAUCCCAAGGAAAAGCCUGUUGUUAUGCCGAAAGCCGACGGCGACAAAGAUAAAGAAGAGGCCCCCGUGGAUGAUUCCAAACUGUGCAAGAUAUGUUACGCGGAAGAGCGCAACGUGUGCUUCGUGCCGUGCGGCCACGUGGUGGCUUGCGCCAAGUGCGCCCUCUCUACCGAUAAGUGCCCGAUGUGCCGAAGAACGUUCCAAAGUGCUGUGCGCUUAUAUUUCUCGUGAACAGAGCCCGACCGCGGGCUCGAUGCUAGUCAGUUCGCGGCCGGCCCCUUAGCCUGGUACGCUCGGGGGAAUCGCGACAUCCUGUGAUUUAUAAUUUUAGAAUGCGGUGGGGCAACAUGUCAACUCCCUGUAACAGCGUGUUCGACAAGCAGGAGGAAACGAGUAGAUGUUAAAAUGAUUUUAAAUUUAUUUAUCAUUUAAAAUUUUAAUGACUGUACAUAAAACAAUGUAUAUAAUUAGCUUAUCAUUUUGUCCCACCGACAUACCUAACAAUGUAUAUAUUCAACUUGGACCAAUGCAAUUAACGAGGGGGGCAUGUGGUGCGCUGACUUUUCUAUGAAAGGGUGACUGAACACAAUAUAGUCGAAAAUCCCAGAGGGCCAAAGCAUACCUCGCAAAGUUUUCUGAGCAUCAUUAAUGUGCUGAUAAGAAUUGCCUUUCUCUUACAGAUAAUAUUUAUGUUCAAGAGAAUCAACACAUUUAUUUCUCAUUGCUUGAUGUGCCGUAGCCCCUGUAGAAGAGUGUAGUGCUUUCUUUAUUGUGAUUUUGAGAUACGCUUUUUAUUGCAUUGGGUAAGAGUAAAUGGGAAAUAAUUUUGUAAUAAUGUAAAUUCUAUUCCAUCAAUAAAUAUUAUGGAUGAUUUAAUUUCGUAAUAAAAAUUUAGAUAUUCCAAUUAUAGAUGUCUCUGAUGUUACAAUUUUUGAAUAAGUAAAUUGACUGGAUGUUAAUUGUUCCUGUAAAUAACUUAUAUUAUUUUCUAUUUGACUAGAUCAGCUACAAGUCACAGAUAUUCAAACUCGGUGUUUUAAAGUAUUGGUCAGAGCUAAAAGUUGGGCUAGCAUUAUGUAUGAAGGUCGGAUACUGAGGGCAAAGAUAAUUUUGCAUUUAACAUUCAAUAUAUGUAAUAGAUUAAAUAAUAGAUAAAAGUGUAUUUAGACGACAUUGAAUGUAAAAGUAAUAGUAGUUGUAACUGUGCAAGUUUUCAUUUGUGCACUAUUUUUAUCUAUCAUGAAACAGGUCAUAUCACGUAACUAUUUCAUCCGAACUAAUAAUUAUUACAGUUUAUUUUAUCCACCAAUUAAAUAUAUUGUACUGAACUCGUAAUUAUUGAAAGAAUUUAAUAAGUCAAAUUUUGUUUUCAUAAGUAAUUAUUAUUUCAUGCUGUUGAUGUUAUUAAUAAAAAUACAAUUUUUAA